ACAUAACAAAACUCCAGUAUAAUUCUAAUCGACUCUAAUUCAGAAAUAUAAUAUGUAUUCUUGAAACAUUAAUUAAACAUUUAAAGGUCAAUCCGGCACAGCAUAUACAUAUACGACCGACAAAUCACUCCUCCCACCUCCGGCGAUGAACGCGCACGCCCUCCUGACAGCCCAGGGCUGGCGGGGCUCCGGGCAUACGCUUCACCCUACGAGCGACGAUACGGGACUCGCGCACCAUAUCCUAAUCAAGAGACACGACGAGGGACGAGGGUUGGGUAGUAAGAAGAAUGAGCACAAAAUCGACGCGUGGUGGUUGAACGCCUUCGAUCAAGCGCUUAAGGGCAUCGAUACUAAGUCUGGUACCAUGAAGCAGACGUUAAAAGGCGGUGCUCUCGAGAAAAUCACUGCGAAAGGCGCGGCUAGCAAAUAUACGGGGACUCGAGGUUUAUACUCGUCGUUUGUUAAGGGUGGGGUUAUGGAAGGCACGGUGGGUGCGGUUACCGGACUUUUGACGCCUCCUGUUAGUGGUGUGGGGACGCCGGUUGCUUCUGCUGCAGGGGAUGAGAAGGAUGAUAAGAAGGAGACGAAGGGGGAAAGGAAGGCUAGACGGGAAGAGAAGAGACGACGGAAAGCGGAGAAACUUGUGAAGAAGGAGGCGGAGGAACGGGCUGCGAAAAAGGUCGAGAAGAAGAAGGUGAAGAAAGCUGAGCGGGAACGAAUUAAGGCUGGGGAGACGAAGGAAGAACGUCGCGCUAGGAGAGAUGCGAGGAGGAAGCGGAAAGAAGAGAAGAGAAAGCUGAAGGCGUCUGGUGGAUGAACAGGCUUUUCUAGGGAUGCGCUACAAGAGAUCUACAGAAGAUUUGCUCGAGGACGCUUCGCCUUGGGGAGAUACGAGAGGGCAUGGCUAGAUGCGUCGCAAGUUCUAUGAGUGGGCAUAUAUGCUUGCGUUCGAUAAGAUGCUAGUACUGGCAAUCUGCUUAACGCAUCUCAUACGACUGAGGACCCUGUUGUGGUCUAUACCGCCUAUGUCAUUCUCUCACAUAAACUAUUAUACCGACGAGAGCGGUUAUGACGAUGGCAGUCGUAAGAGCAGCUAUUUCGCCAUAAGACAAACCGUUGUAAACUUGUUCGUCUGCGGCGUCUUCUCUAAGCUUCAGUCGUUCGGUUCCCAUUGUGGCUUCAGUGGUGUCAGGUAUGGGUGCUUCAGGGGUCCGUUAGGGGUCGGAUAUAUCCGGUUGACUACGGCACGAGAGAUACGCGACUAAAGAUAGCUCCUCAUAAGAAGAGAAAAUAAUUCAAGACACUAAACUUUCA